UUUGAAUUUACUAUAGAAAAUGAAGGGCCAUUUUUGUCAUUUUAUGUGUCCUUCACCCUACACCCUCCUCCUUUAGUGCUUUUCCCUCUUCACUCUUCUCCAUAGCUCACACUGUCUCCAAAAAUUCAGUCCAUUUUUCAGACCUCGUUACACAUACUAAACCAAACAACAUGACAACAAACUCUAAACUUGGCCUCUAGUAGUAGUCACUUAAACCAUUGCCCACUUGACCCUUUUUUACUUACUCCCAAACCUUGCAAUGUCCCCAUUGAUGCUUCCUCUGUUUCUUCUUCUACUUUCUUACACUUUCCACUUUUCUUCUUCUUCUGCUUCUUCUUCUGCUUCUUCUGCUCCAUUCAACUCUUUACUUCCUUCCGACGCUGUUUCUUUACUCUCCUUCAAGUCAAAAGCUGACCUCGACAACAAACUUCUUUACACACUUAACGAACGUUUCGACUACUGUCAAUGGCGUGGUGUAAAAUGUGUACAAGGUCGUGUUGUACGUUUUGUUCUUCAAGGUGUUGGUCUCCGAGGUACUUUUCCAACAAACAGUUUAACUCAUCUUGACCAACUCCGAAUCCUUAAUCUUCGUAACAACUCUCUGUCCGGUCCUAUUCCUGAUCUUUCUGGUCUUCCUAACCUUAAAACUUUGUUUCUUGAUCAUAAUUUUUUCUCUGGAACUUUCCCUGUUUCGGUUCUUUCUCUUCACCGUCUUGUUAUGCUUGAUCUUUCUCGUAAUAAUCUUACGGGUUUACUACCCGUUGAGCUUACUGUUCUUGACCGGUUGAACUAUCUCCGGCUUGAUUCUAACCGGUUCAACGGUGCGAUUCCGCCGUUGAACCAAACGCAGCUUCAGAUUUUCAAUGUGUCGAAUAAUAACCUUACUGGACCAGUACCCGUUACCCCAACUUUGAAGAAAUUUGACGUACGGUCGUUUUUAUUGAACCCUAGUCUGUGUGGUGAGGUUGUUGAUAAGCCGUGCCGUUCGUCUCCAUUCUUUGAUUCACCUGCCUCUGCUGCCUCUCCGCCGACGCUAUACCAAAAUGCACAGUCAGAGGGUAUUGUUGUUACUCCUCCAUCUCGACAUAAGCACAAAAAAGUGGGUGUAGUUUUGGGGUUUGUAGUUGGAACAUUGAUCUUGAUUGCAGCUGUUCUAUGCAUUUUUGCUUUUGUGAAAAAGAGAAGAGAAGAAGAAACUGAAGCAAAAGAAACAAAAUGCACUAUUGAGACCAUUACCAAUAGUGCUACUGCUGCUUCCGGGACAGUUGAUAGUAGCCCAGAGAUAAAACUAGAAAAGGAAGUGAUUGUGCCUCAGGGUCCCAAACAAUAUUUGAAGAGUGGAAAUCUGAUAUUUUGUUCAGGGGAAACAGAGUUGUAUAGUUUGGAGCAGCUAAUGAGAGCUUCAGCUGAGUUGCUUGGAAGAGGCACAAUUGGAACAACGUAUAAAGCUUUGAUGGCUAGUCAGUUGAUUGUUUCAGUUAAGAGAUUGGAUGCUUGUAAAACUUCGAUUACGAGUGCAGAAGCGUUUGAGCAGCAUAUGGAGGAAGUUGGGAUGUUGCGCCACCCGAAUUUAGUUGCAGUUAGAGCAUACUUUCAGGCUAAACAAGAAAGGCUUGUUAUCUAUGAUUAUCAACCUAAUGGCAGUCUCUUCAAUCUCAUUCAUGGUUCAAGAUCAAAUAGGGCAAAGCCCCUUCACUGGACGUCGUGUCUAAAAAUAGCAGAAGAUGUGGCUCAGGGCCUUGCUUACAUCCAUCAAGCGUCAAAGCUCACUCAUGGCAACUUGAAAUCCUCCAACGUCCUUCUAGGAUCUGAUUUUGAAGCCUGUCUAACAGACUACUCCCUCAUCGUGCUUGCAGAUAUUUCCUCGGAUGAUGAUCCUGAUUCAGCACGCUAUAAAGCACCAGAAGUGCGCAAAUCUGCACGAAGAGCCACUCCAGGGUCUGAUGUAUAUGCCUAUGGCAUUCUGUUAUUAGAGCUUUUAACGGGUAAACCUCCAUCUCAGCAUCCACAUCUAUCUCCCCCUGAUGUGCCGGAUUGGGUUAGAGCUAUGAGGGAGGAUGAUAAUGAGGAGGACAGAUGGCUUGCGAUGCUAGUUGACCUUGCUAGUAUAUGUAGCUUGACAUCACCAGAACAGAGACCAACAAUGAGGCAAAUCUUGAAAAUGAUUCAAGAUAUAAAGGAUAACGCAAUGGUGGAGAAUAACAAAAGGGAUGCACAUACUGGAUACUCGUAGCUUCUUUUUGUAUUGCAAUUACUCCAUUAACCGGCGGCGAGGGUGCAUGGUCAAUUGUAAGUAAGUGUCACACCUGAAACAAAUUUGGAUAGUGAAAUCAUUAUGUUUCCCACUUGGCAAAGUGCCAUUAGUUGACAACAUAUCUGCUACUCAGAUGGACCAAAUAGUAUCAGCUGUAAUGGUGCUUGUACCUUUACUGCUCAGCAGUAAACAGCAUAAAACUGACAGUUUUAGGUCUAUCUGCUAGAACUUGGUCAACUUAGUCACUGAAGAUUUGACACUUUUUUUGGCCACACAAACAUAUAUGGUGCUGAUAUUUUUAGGGAGAAUUGUUUACAGCUAAAGCUAUAUAUUGUAGUAGCGUUUUUGGUUGGUUCUUUCUCCAAGGAACUUCAAA